AUGUUCUUCCUCAAACAACCAAUUGCGAAGGCCUUACCUGUUCCACCUACGACUACGAUUGCUCCGCCUUCUCCGACGACGGCCGAGUACCAGUCGCGCCCAGUGCAACGUUCUGUAACCGAGUCUGCACUUGACACACUCGCAAUCCCUAUGACAGCUCAACCGCGUAAAUCCACCGAGUCCGGGCCUCUUCGAUCUUUGACAUCGGCAAUUGGACAUAUCGGAGUUAGUCCGGCCACUAUCCAGACUGCUACUUUCGAUGACUUUCCCGGAGGUGAAGAUAACGAUAUUGGUGAAGCGGCUGCGAAUGCUCCUACCCAAGCGUCUUCGGACCUGCCAACUGGCUGGGCGACAUUCAACGCGAUUCCAGCUGCAAUUGACGGUGUAAACUCGCAUAAAGCAACUGCAAAUGCUCUCCCACGGUCUGUAUCGGCUCCCAUGCAGUUGGCCACAACUACACUUCCUUCAGGAUGGGCGGAAGUGCAAGAUGUUGAACAAGUAAUCACUGAAGAGGCGCGCAGAGACAGCGAGAUCCGGGCAAAAGAGCUAUUGCAAACAUUGGAGAAGCAGCAUAAGGAGGGUAUGGUCUUGGAAAGUGGAGGUGAAAUUGCGUUGGCUAUCGCGAUGGCGGCGGAGAAAGGGGUUGGUGUCUUGCAUGGGACGCCGGGUGUGACACCAGCUUUGGAAGGAGCGGAAUGGUCAGCGAACGAGAAGGCUAUUCCGCCUGCACCGGCAGAGGAUGCGAAUGUGCCAAAACCUAAAGCUGUUACCGAGACUGAGAUCAACGCUGCACAACCGUCCGCUCAGCUUAAGGAUGACAACCGGAGGAUGUCGGGCUGGACCGUUGACGAGGAUAGACCGAAGACAGCGGAGGAGAUUGUCGAGGAGGAAGUCACUGCUCGAGCUCAUGUCAUACUGAAUGAGGCUCUCGAGGAGGGCGCGGCCACUCCCACCCCUGUGCAGGCCGUCGAGACUGUUAUCCGUAGUGAAGCUGCCGCAACUCCGACGACUGCAGUCCCAGACAACGAUAUUGAAGAGGAAGCUCAGAUUGGUGCUCAACGUAUCUAUAAUGGAGACGAAGACUUCCUUUUAAAGGAGAAGGCUGUCAUCUGGCUUGGAGACGCAGGGGAGGUUAAUGCUCUCGCUCGCCAAGCCUACAUGACAUUCUUUGACUGGACCGGUGUGAACCCCCUUCUUGCCCUCCGUAGGCUGUGUUCACAGCUCUUCCUCAAGGCCGAAACGCAACAAAUCGAUCGUAUCCUCGAGGGAUUUGCUCGCAGGUGGUGGGAGUGCAACAAUGCCGAAGCGUGCGGUAUGAAGAAUGUUGACGUCGUACAUGCGAUUGCGUACUCUCUGUUGUUAUUGAAUACGGAUUUGCAUGUUGCAGAUCUUUCGAGCACGCAACAUAUGAACCGUACGCAGUUUACAAAGAACACAAUCUCGGCGGUUCGUGCUCAGGUCAAACAGGAUAGUAUGCCGCGAUCGCAGUCAUCUUAUUCUAUGAGGUCGUCACCUGGGGUUACGCCGGGUGAGGAGUCGCCAGGUGAACAGCCCAAGAGACCGUCGCUCGGACGGCCUGCCAGCUCUUACAGCUCAUACACUAUGCCGAAGAGUUACAGUACGGGCAACGGGAGCCUUGCCAACCUAGCGCAGCCGAGUACCCCCACGCGGGACUCUCCCACCAGGAGUGCGAGUGGAUUGAGUGUCGGAAAGCCUUGGUCAUUGUAUGAUGACCGAAUUGGCCCUUACGGAGCUUUUGCAGCGGGUGGAUCCAUGCGUGGCUGGGAAAUGCAGCUCGAGUGCUUGUUGAAGGAUUUCUACGCCAGUAUCAAAGCUUCACAAAUCCUCCAGCCUCUCUCGUCGCGGGCUGGAUCCGUGACGCCUAACCACCGUCAGGAAAAGAGGGGUAACAGGCUCUCGGUUGGUACACCGGGCUCGUUGAACAGAAGUCCGAGUACUGUCAGUUACACGCCUUCUGAAGCAAGUGUUGGUCGAUUCUCGAAUGUCCUCGCUGGUCGGAGACCGAAGUCUAGGCCGCGUAUCACGACGAGUAGUUUUACGCACGGGAAUCACAGCCAGACUAGCCUCUCGGAUUUGCGGAGUCCCUCUGGUCACAAUCAUGGACGGCCUAUGUCGAUUGCUUCGACAGAUUCCGAUAUCACUACCGAUUCUCGUCAAUCUCGGUCCAGGCUCGAAGCGAUUAGUUCGAUUGGAUUCGCGAAUACGUUGACGCAUGCCAUCAUUCGCGAAGAGGCUUCUAUUGCAUCCCCCAUGACUUCUUCGUUUGAUAUCGCUGAGGCGGAGGAAGAUGCGCUGGCGUUGACUGGACCUCCGUGGGCGAAAGAGGGACUACUGAAUACGAAGCACUAUGCUGACGCUAGCGGACGGAAGCCGAAGCUUAGGACGUGGACACAGUGUUUUGCUGUCAUUGACAAGGGUGAGUUGAAGUUGUUCAAGUUCGGCACGCAGCAUGGGAACUACGGCGGUGUCGUCGGUGGUGGUAAUUGGUCGCAGAAUGCGGACAUGAUUGGGUCGUUCCUCCUUCGUCACACGCUUGCGACGAAGUAUCCUGCGCCUGGAUACUCCAAGUCACGCCAACAUGUUUGGAUGUUAAAGGUCCAUACGGGUGCUGUUCACUUAUUCCACGCCGGUACAGCCGAACUCGUCGAAGAAUGGACUUACUCGGCCAACUACUGGGCCGCUCGGACUUCAAAAGAACCACUCGCGGGUGCCGUGAGUAACAUCGAGUACGGCUGGGGCGUCGUCCUAGAUGGCUUCGACUCCAGCACCGCAAGUUUCGACAGCCCCCGCGUCCCAACCUCCGCAACCCAACGGAGCCAAACACCCUCCCUCCACUGGGACCGCACAGUCAAAACCCGCCUCCCCGGCGACUCUGCCCGUCUCGAAGAGUUCCAACCCCCAAUGCCCUCGCUCAUCCCCUCCAACUUUCCCGAAAGCGAACAACUCCGCGCGCUCAAAUCCCGACUUUCGCACCUAACCGAAGACCACGCUCAGCACGCCCGGAUGAAACCCCUCCUUGCACGUGCAUUUUCGCCGCGGAGUCCCAAUUUGGGGAAGGCGUUGAGUAAUUGGGAGAAGAAGAGUCAGUGGUUAGGGGAAGAGGUGGGGAAGUAUGAGAAGUAUGUUAUGACGUUAGCGAAGGCGGUCACGGAACGGGCGCAGAAGCAGCCGAGGUUGAGUAUGCCUAGGUCGCCUACGUCACCGAACGUUAUAUCACAGGGGAGUAUGGUCUCCUCGCCGGUGUCGCUAGGUCCGGGUCCGGAGGAGAAGGACGAGACGGCGACGGGAAUGAGUGGUGCGUCGAAGAGCGAGAGGUGGAAACAUCGGGCUACCUGGAGCGGACCGAUAGUAGCAACCCAUGAAGCGAAGAUGACGGAGAUGUUGUCGACACCCUCGAAGGCCGGCGCUCGGGUGGAUAGGGUCAGCGAAACGGAGGAACCACAGCAGUGA